CUAAGGAAAUGAUUACGGCUAGCAGCAAAAAAUAUAAGCUAGUCGAAGACUGCCAGGUAAUGAUCCGGACGCCCGAAGUUAUCGAUGAAUCGGACGAGGAACGGGAAUUAACCAACCUUAACUGGCUGCUGCGUAAUCAGAAUUUGGCCUGGCCAAAAACAAUUGACGGCAACUCUGAAGAUGAUUUAAACAAUACUCAAACAGCGCCAGCUGAGAAUGACGAAUUGGAUAAUGAAAGUCAAAAUACAACAAAAAGACAAAAGUUAUCUGAUUUUGGUGAUCCCAAAAGAGGAGCCAUAAAUAAACAGCUAAAACGCAAUUUAACCAAUUAUGCCGAGUCAAGAAAACAAUGCACAAAAAAUGCAACACACUCAAAGCGACCAAGUCCCGCCGAGCGCUACGAUAUAUUCAUCAAUAAAAUAAAACGUGACUUGGCGGAAUAUCAGCAUUCGGCGACUAAAUAUAAAACGGAUGUGACUGAAAAGCCGCCUUUCAACUAUUCCCAUAUCAUUGGCAUGGCAAUGCUGGAAUAUGGCAGGGCAACUUUACAGCAAAUUUGCGCUUGGAUCGAGUCGAAAUUUGCUUUCUUUCGAGUGCGCAAAAAGUGGAAUAAUUCGAUUAGGCAUAAUUUAUCGUUGCAUCAUUGUUUUCGCAAUCGCAAGCGCGAGGAAAAAGGCAAGGGGGGCUAUUGGGAGCUGGGCGUCGAUCCCAAGAAAUGUGAUAGGAAACGCAUUCGAAAUCGCAAAGGAGCUCAAUCAAAACUAAAUCAAAAUUUGGAGACAGUAACAACAACAGUUUCCAAUAAGAAACUCUGUAAUAAUAAUAGUACGGAUCUAAUCUACGGCAUUACGGAUCAAAAACCGCUGCAAAGACUCUCAAAUAUGGCUGGAAAUGAUGUGCAAUUGGAGUCGACGGAUCAAAACUUAAAUCUGGACAUUAAUUUGGCAUUUGGCACAUUAAACAAUAAUGUUUUAAGCUCAGCUCCUCCCUCCCCUCCUCCGCAUCCUCCACCACACGAUGAUUCCUUUCUAUAUCCCGCCGAUGAGUUGACAUUGGCGCUGACUGCAACCAGUGAAGCUUCGUUUCAUUUGCAACCACAAUAUGAACUGGGCACGAUUAUAAUCAGCACCACGACGGGCAUCAUCGAUGAACCCAACUCAGCCUCAUCCUCCACCUCCGCCUCUGCUUGCCUCAAUUCCAUCAAAUUUGGAUGUAAUAACAUGAUCUAUUCGGAGGACGAGAUACCCACGCCCAGUCAGAAUGUUAUCAUCUCAUCCCAUAAAAUGGAUGCGAAUAGGGAUGCAAAUAUAGCAUUGAUAGCUCCGUUGAUUUCCACAUCUGAUAUUAGUUGCGAUUAUAGCAAUUAUCGGCCGUAUAUCGAUGGGGUGGACGAAUCCUUCAGUUAUCUGCAUGGCAACGAGUUAAAUCGCAGCGAGGACAUUUUGGAUAAUCUGCUCGAUGUGUGUGUUAGAGAUUAUUAAAUAAAAUCAAUGACAAUGUCGCCAAA